AUGGAGCGCAAGCUGUCCACAGCAACAAAGAUUCGCAACCGGUUCAGCUUCUCUCGAAGUUCCUCAGUGCGAGACCGAACACCCAAAGUGUCACCUGUGACCGAGACCUCAUCUAGCAGUCGGCCUCGAUCUGCUACCACCCCCGAGUCCCUCACACCCAGCCUGAUGGAGAACCAGGACAUCGAGCCCAGCAGGGGCUACGAUUUCACAGACGAAGAGGGCUUCUUCCGCCCCGAAACACCAUUACUUGGCCGUCAAGAGAUCCACGAAGACCUCCUGGCGGAUGUUAAACAUGCAUGUGCCCUGCUUUCACACAGCAUCGACCGAGGUAUCCCAGCUGGACUGUCAUACCAGAGUACCGUGCCAAACUGGACAGAGAAACCAAGACAGAGCGUCGUGCCAAACUAUACCCAAACCCCGAGACAGAGUGUCGUGCCAGAACCCGCACAGACUCCACGAAAAAGCGUCAUGCCCAAUUAUACCCAGACCCCAAGACAGAGCUUCGUGCCCAAUUAUACCCAGACUCCCAGACAGAGCGUCCCAAGCUAUACCCAAACCCCACGACAGAGUGUCGUGCCCAACUAUACACAAGCUCAGACAUCAAAAUCGAUAAACGUGCCAGACUGGGUGAACACUCCAAACGAGAGUACCACAUCCAACUGGCUAGGAAAACCGAGGACACGAUUGACAGGGAAGCGGAAGCCCGGUACCCGGCGAAAGGUUCCGGUUCCUUCAGGAUCAGAACAAGAGUCCAUCCCCGUCCCGCCUAUACCAGUCAACCCCGAGGCAGGGAACGAUAAUAAGCAUGACUCCGGCGUUGGUAUGAGCUAUGAUACCCAGAACCAACCAGACAAGCCAACAGCCACCUGUCACUCCGGCACCGUAUCACCGAUCCGAUUCUAUAACAAGACAUCCACAUCACCACCCGGAAGUCCACCAAGGAGCAGGAGCCCAAAACCAGAAGAAAGCUUCCCACCACUCCCACAAGAGCCAUCAUUCCAGCAUGCCCCCAGUCCAAUCUCACACAGCCCUCCCCAAUCCAACGACUGCCCAUCCGACGAAACCCACCGCAGCCCCGUCAGCCCUCUCAACGAAACCGACAAAGCAGCAACAGCGACAAAGCCAUCAAUCCCCCACUUCCCCAUCCAAAACAAACCACUCACACCACCCGAACCAACCAAAGCCCCUCAAGACCCUCCCAAAGACCCAAAAACCAACAAAAGAUCCACCCGCUUCUACAGCACCAGCAACGCAACAACCAUGGCCUUCGACUCCAGAGAAUGGCUCACCCGCACAUUCUGGGAAGAUCCAAACCCCCAACACACACCUCUCCCAUCCUCAUUCGCCGUCCCAGACCCAUCCAGACCAUCCUCUAGAUCAAGAACUACUUCCAGAUCGAGAGCUGAUUCCGGCACACCGCGCUGGGGCAGUGUUUCCACCGAAGACGGCAAUUACAACCACAUCCACAGCCAUAAUUACCCGUAUGGAACGUGGGCGGCGCGCGGAAUGUCCUAUUCGUCCAGUUGUUUGGCUGAUGAGUUCAAGCACCAGGAGAAUGUGUAUUCGUGUGUUGUGUCGAGUUCGUCGCCGCCUCGGGGCCGAAGACAGAAGGCUUCGAUGCUGUUUAAGAAGUUGGCUGGGUUGAGGAUUGGGAGGAGAGAGGAGGUGGAGGUUUAG